AUGAUGGCGAUUAACUUAAAAAUAUUGAGCAAAGUAUCUUUGCGGGUUAAUUUUACAAGAGAAAUUCAUCACAGCUGUAAGAUUCUAGUCGUCGGCGGAGGAACCGCAGGCUGUACAAUGGCAGCAAAGCUCUCGAAAAACUACCCCAACCCUCCAAACCACAUAAUCGUCCUAGAACCAAGCGAGAUUCAUUACUAUCAGCCAUUGUUCACCUUAAUAGGCGGCGGGCUGAGCAAAUUUGAUUCCUCAAAAAAAUCUACUUCUGAAGUUCUGCCGAAGAAAGCCCAGUGGAUCAAAGACAGCGCGAUGUCUUUUGAUCCCGAAGCGAACAAAGUCACCACCAGCAAUGGAGUCACCAUCGAGUAUCAGUUGAUGAUCAUCGCUAUGGGUCUUCAGUUGCACUGGGAUAAAAUUCCUGGAUUGGUCGAAAGUCUAAAAAAUCCGGAGUCACAAGUCUGCUCGAUCUAUGGCCCUGAAACGGUGACGGAAGUCUUCAGGAAGAUCAAAAGGACUUCUAAUGGACCUUGUAUCUUUACUUUUCCAAAUUCACCGGUCAAAUGUCCAGGUGCUCCACAAAAAAUUGCUUAUUUAGCUGAAGAUUAUUGGAGCAAGGAAAACAAACGGAAAAACGUAGAAGUUAUUUAUAAUACUGCACUUCCGGUGAUCUUUGGCGUGAAAAAGUAUGCAGACGCUCUGUGGGAAGUUUGCAAAAGUCGGAACAUCAUUGUGAACACCCAGAUGUCGUUGGUUCAAGUCAGAGAUAAAGAAGCUGUUUUUGUAGAUUUGAAGAAUCCUGAUGUUAAAAUUUACUCGUUCCUCCAUGUGACUCCUCCAAUGGGGCCUCCAGAAACUCUGAAGAAACAUCAGUCGCUGACCAACGAAGCAGGAUUCCUCAAUGUUGAUCCUAAAACUUUGCAGCACGUGAAGUAUAAAAAUAUUUACGGGCUUGGAGACUGCACCACAACGCCUAAUUCCAAAACUAUGGCAGCCAUUGCUUCGCAGUCAAAAGUUGUGCACAAUCAUGUGCUGAGCUUCUUGAACGGCAAGAAGUCCAAUUUAGAGUACAAUGGCUACGCUUCUUGUCCUUUGGUGACUGGACCGGGAAAGUGCAUCCUUGCGGAAUUUGAUUACAAUCUCCAGCCGCUGGAAACGUUCCCAGUUGAUCAGAAAAAUGAAUAUUGGGCGAUGUUUAUAAUGAAGAAGUAUAUGUUCCCGUUUCUUUAUUGGAAUUUUAUGCUCAAAGGUCAGUGGAGCGGGCCUGAAUUCAUUAGAAAGAGUCUAGCGAUAUUUAAAUCUAAUAAAUAG